AUGACCAGGGGUGCUUGGAUGUGCAGUCGGCAGUAUGAUGACGGCUUAAAAAUCUGGUUCGCACCCCGGGAGAACGAGAAACCCUUCACGGAUUCAGAGAGGGCUCAGAAAUGGCGACUGUCCCUGGCAUCGCUCUUGUUUUUCACAGUCCUGCUCUCUGAUCACUUGUGGUUCUGCGCCGAGGCCAAAUUCACGGGGACCGGAGAGAAGGAGCAGCCGCCGCCCGAGAAGCCGGAGCCCGCGGAGCCGGAGCUGCUGGCGGGCAUGGGGGAGCCGGCGCCCCCCGCGCCCCGGCUCCUCGCCCCCCCCUCGCCCUCCCUCCCGCCCUCCCCCGGCAGCAGCGGCGGCGGCAGCCGCGGCAGCCGCACCAACGGCACCGAGCCCCGGCACGGCAAGGCUGCUUUCCUGGGGAACUCCACCGCCAGGCCCCUGGAGACGUGCCCCCCCCCGAGCUCCUCGUCCGGGCAGUGCUUCAGCGUGGGGGACGCGGAGGCGGUGUGCCGGCGGCGGGGGGGCCGGGGCGGCCGCGGGGCGCGGGGCAGCCCGGCGCCCGGCUGGGACCUGACGGAUUUUUACCUUUCCUUUUGUAAUUCCUACACACUUUGGGAGUUGUUCGCCGGGUUGUCCAAUCCGGACACUUUGAACUGCAGUCUGGAUGUGGUGCUGAGGGGGGGAGGCUCCUGCAGCCAGUGCGUCCAGGCUUACCAGCGCUACGACCAGCACGCUCAGGAGAAAUACGAAGAGUUUGAGGUUAUGCUCCAGAAAUAUUUACAGUCGGAUGAGUACUCGGUGAAAUCGUGUCCUGAGGAUUGUAAGACUGUCUACAAAGCCUGGCUCUGUUCCCAGUAUUUUGAAGUCACACAGUUUCACUGCAGCAACAGAAUUCCUUGCAAGCAAUACUGUUUGGAGGUUCAGACGAGGUGUCCCUUUAUAUUACCAGACAAUGAUGAUGUCAUCUAUGGAGGACUAUCAAGUUUCAUCUGUACAGGGCUCUACGAAAACUAUCCAACCAAUGCAGAACCAGAAUGCUGUGAUGUCAGAUGGGGACUAUUAUCAGAUCAUCAAUCCAAAGGGACUAUAAAAACAAGUGGCUCAACAAUGUGUCACAGGACAUCGCUCACAGUUUCAUCAGCAUCAAGACUGUGUAACAGCAGACUUAAACUGUGUGUUCUUGUAUUAAUUCUCUUACAUACAGUACUUACAGUCUCAGCAGCACAGAACUCAACAGGACUGGGCUUUGGAGGCAUAACAACUUUGGAAGAUAAUUCAACCAAUGAGGAAUAA